AAUUCUUACUCAUUUCAGAAUAGGAAUUAAAGGAUAUUGGGAUUUAAGUAAAGGAAUAAAGACCUCAAAUAACAAAACAGAAUUUCAGGUAACGAAUUUGAUACCGCAUACCGAAUACUCUUUUAUAGUAAUGGCAGUUAAUAUCAUUGGAGAAAGCGAACCUAGCAAACCGUCUUUAUCUGUACUUACGCUAAUGGAAGUUCCGGUCGGAAAACCCGUCGUCACCAAUGCUUACGGUGUUGGCAGUUCGUCCAUCCGUCUACAUUGGGUGCCACCGUCACAGUCGACCAUAUACGGAGAGUUUUCCGGAUACCGCAUCACAUUCAGGUUCCGGGAUAAACCGGAAGAGAAGAAAGUUAUUGUAAUUCGUGAUCCCAUCAUUAGAGACUUUACCAUCAACAACUUGGCAACGUUUACUCGGUACAUAAUAUCGGUACAAGUGUUUAAUCCCAGAGGAGAAGGCCCUUCGACUAGCGUAGGAGUUAAAACGGGCGAAGGAGUUUCGAGUGCACCUUCAAAUUUUACUGCCGUGGGAAUCACGGAUAAUUCGAUUCGGCUGAAAUGGAAUGGACCGGAAAAGCCCAACGGUAUUAUACGAGGGUAUAAAAUAUAUAUUGUUCACUUCGUUCGCAAUCUCACGAAAAUUAAUAAGCUGACCAUUCACCAUCCCGAAAACUUCGAACAGGUUCUGUAUAACUUGAAUCCGUUUACUCGAUACAGCAUCUGGAUUAGAGCAUAUAAUUGGAAAAUGGAAGGAGAUUCAAGCAAGACGUUAGAAAUACAAACCGACGUGAGAAGUCCGAGCGCACCAAACAUUACAAACCUGACGUGUAUAUCUGUAAAUAAACUGUAUUUACAAUGGAAAAGACCGCAGAUCGUCUACGGUAACGUCGAUUAUUACACGAUAUAUUAUCGAUCGGAAAAUUUCGAGGAUUUUCGAGAAGUGGUGACGACACCGUCUUACGAUAAGAAAGGCCACGCCACGAUUAUUCCUAAUUUGACUGAGAACACGUCGUACGAAGUUAAAGUCCGAGGAGUGUGUCGCAGCGUGGUUGAAAGAAGUAAAUUAUAUAAAGGUCGGUUUUCCCCGUCAUGGAAAGUAAUUGUUCAAAAUAACUGUCGAGGUGUCCUCGGAUCGCUACACGACGAUAAACCAGCGAGCGCGAGAAAAAUUACGGACGAUGUCUGCUUUGCGUGUUUAAUGUUGCUGUAUAUUGUAUCGUUUUGUAUAUGGAGGUGAGUUGUAAAUAUGCCGUGCGUCGAUGAUAGCGAUUAUUGCCUUUAUGUAAAUUUGUAUUUUAUUUUUAUGAUAAAGAAAAAAACAUUAAAUUAUCGAAA